AAGAGGAAGAGAGAGCAGAGAGAGGAGAGCAAAACUGAGGUUGCUGACACUGUGAGAGAAUAUUUAAUUUCUCACCACUUAUCAUAUGGAAUAAAAACCUUGUUAAAGUGGGAUUUUCUUCAACCUGAAUUCAACUGUAAAACAGAUUUAAUCUCAGACUGAUUCUUCUGACGGGACUAGUUUUAUUAGGAUCCUACUAGUUGUCAUAAUACCAGUCUGUCUCUGAGAUGGGGUCCAGAACUCUUCUACUUGUUCUGGGUCUUCAUUUCACUCUUCUGGGGAACCUAGAGGCCAUAGAUUGCGGCCUGGGCUUCACAGCCAAAGGGAGAAAACAAUGUGAUGAUAUAGAUGAGUGUAAAGAGAAGGACAGUAAACCACCCUGUGGAAGUAAAGCCACGUGUUACAACACA